GAAUGCGUGACAAACCUACGGAGCGCUGAGCCAUUUCAUGCCAUCUCAUAUCUCCCCUUCUUUUUUCACGACCUGAACUAUUAGGUCAUUUAGAAAUCGCUCAAGGUUUUUUUAAGUCGUUUUAGCUCAUUCCUUGUUUUAGUAACUACCCGAAAAUAACGCUACCAUGAUGCAACGCAAUCAUGCGGCGCUAAAGUGCAGUGCUUCUUGCGCAACGAUCUACACGUACAAUUUCUGAUGUGUUGAGAGAAAGGAUCGAAUGACUCGCGCCGGAAACCGUCCAGCUAUGAAAUAAUCAUAAAGAGAAUCCGUAAAUAUUGCAACGUUUUGUCUCUGAACAGUUUGGUAAGACAUAUCUUCACGUUGCCUUGGUGGGGGAACGUCUGCUGUUUCCGUUUUCGGUUUCUGUCGACACUGAAGCUAAGGGAACGUUUACUGAUUACGUUUUCGGUUUCUGUCGACACUGAAACUAAGUUGAAUACUAUGAGUCACGGUUCCCGUAUCGGUUUUGUGGUGUUUGGUUUGGGUCGAGCAGGUAUCAUCCAUUCCACGAACCUCAUACGAAACCCACAGGCAACCCUGAAAUGGAUCGUAGAUAUUGACGAAGACAAGGCCAAGAAGUUCGUGAAAGAAAAUUUCACGGAUACACAAGUUAUUGCCCCAUCCGACAUGGAAAGAGCGUUACUUGACCCAACCGUGCAGGCUGCAGUGGUAGCCACUCCAACUGACAUGCACGAGGAUAUUGUGAUGCGAUGUUUACGAGCGGGAAAAGCUGUCUUCUGUGAGAAACCAGUUGCUCCUACCUUAGAGGCUAUAGAGAAUUGUUACAAAGAAGCCGACAGCCAACACCUUCCAUUACUGUGCGCUUUCAACAGACGAUUCGAUCCAACAGUUCGGUCUGUGUUCGACAGAGUUCGAAAAGACGACAUUGGCAACAUUCAGGUCGUUAAGACAACCAGUCGGGACUCUCCCCUGCCAUCAGAAGGUUUUCUAAGGAUUUCCGGGGGAAUCUUCCAUGACUGCUGCGUUCAUGACGUAGACGUCAUAUGCUGGAUGCUGGGUGAAGCUCCUCAUACAGUCUUCUGUCUCGCCCAUGCCUUCCAUGCGUACAUCGGAGCCAUGAAUGAUGUAGAUACAAUUGGAGUGGUCAUGAAAUUUCCAAGUGGCGCCAUCGGUCAGAUAGAUCUGUCACGCCAUGCUGUUUAUGGCUAUGAUCAACGUGUUGAAGUGUUUGGAUCUGGUGGAAUGCUCACCAGCGACAAUCAAAGCAGUCUCUGUGCCACCUAUUUUCACGCCAGUGGGAGCACACAGAAUCCCAUCAAAUUUUCCUUUCCACAACGAUAUUCCGAAGCUUAUGAGUUAGAAAUGAAUCACUUUAUCGACGUUAUCAAACGCAAAGAUGACUUGCUCAUCUCCAAAGAUGAUGUGCUACGUUCAUUCACCGUCGUGGAAGCUAUUGAGAAGUCUUUCCAGACCGGACAACCAGUCAGUUUAUGAAAAGAGAUGAUUGAUAAGAAAUGAA